AUGUCUGAUAUAAUAAAACAAGCCGUAUUAACGACUAACCCGAACCUUGCGGAAUUAUAUGAACAACUAAAAACCCUAUAUUUAGCACCUGAUGGAACUACAAAGGCGUUAGCAAAAGAAAUUGAUCAGGAAGAGUUUAUUAAAGAAAGAACGGAAUAUUUGGAAAAUUUAACUUUAUAUAAUGCAUUACAACCGUCAUUAUUACAAGCGUAUUUGAAAAAUACAAAGUGUAAAGAGCAUGAAAAGAUAUCGGAAACCUUGGAUAAAGUAUUAUGCUUUGCCGAGUCGAAACAAUAUUUGAAUUUUCGUCCGAUAGAUUUGUCAUUAAAUAAUGUUGAUUUUAAAGGAACAGAGGCAGAUGAUGAUGAUGCAAUAACGAUAGGAUUAUUAGGGUUAACAGAAAAAGAACUAUUUAAACGCGUUGAAAAGGAAUUAGAUUAUUUGAAUCAAUUCAAAAAAAUCAUUUUAAACUCUAUUGAAAGCAAAUUAACCGAUCAAUGUGAGGAUAUUGCAAAAUUGUACUAUUGUUUAGGAGAAGAUACGAACUCAAAGCUAUUGGCAACUAAGGCUUUUCAACUGGAUCAAGUAUUGACACGUAAACAUGAAGAAUUACGAAUGUCUAAAAUUAGUCUCAUAGAAAAUCAAAUUCGAUUAGGAGAACGAAUUACAACUUAUCUAAAAGUCAUGAAAGAAAUAUUAAAGAAUUUAUGGGAACUAAUAGAGGAAUUUAAAUAUCAUCACGAAAAAGAAAAAAAUAAGGCAUUUAAUGAUUAUUUUGCUGGUAUAGUUAGGUCUAUAGUAUUAAAAUUAAAAGUUCUUCGAUUACAAGCAAUAAUGAACGUUUAUGACAAAGAAACCAUUGAAUCUUUGAGUGUAAUUAGAAAGGAACUGGUUAAAGAAGAAAACGAAAAGAAUAUUUUGAUGAAAAAUUUGAAUAAUCAAUUAAUGGAAUAUCAAAAUAUUGGGGAUGAAUUUGAACAAAUUAUACAAAUGUAUUCGGAUAUUGUUAAAGAAAUUGAAACCACUCAAGAUGAUAUUUCUAGGAUUAAGCCAACUGAUCCAACCGUUAAACAAGUAAUAAACAAAUUAAAUGAAAGAAAACAAUUUAUAAUUGAGGAUUUGGAUGAUACACAUUUAUUUAUUGAUGCAAAAGCCGUCGAAGAAGUUAAAAUUGAAGUGGAAAAAUUAUUAGAAGAAAAUACUUAUAAAAGCGAUUUACCUCCUCCAAAUGAGAAAUAA